AUGUUCCUGAAGGCAGCUCUGCUUCUGGGGCUCUCUGUCGUGGACAUUCAUGUCUGGACCAUUCAAAAGGAAUUCGUGGACAUUAGUACGGACCACGAUUAUUUUUCAAUGUCUGUGGAGUUCGCCCUGGCUUGGUUCAACAGUGGCAACAAGGAAGAGCACGCCUACAAGCUGCUGGAGGUCAGGCGAGCCCAGAGAAAGAACUGGACAAUGAUAUUUUUAAUGGACCUGGACCUGGGCCGCACAAUUUGUAAAAAACAUGAUGAAGACAUUGACAACUGCCCCUUGCAAGAAGGCCCGGAAGAGAAAAAGGAAUUACUUUUUCAGGUGAGCUGCACUUUCACUGUGGACUCAUGGCCGUGGUUUACCCAGUUCACCCUCCUGAACAGCACCUACCAGCCAUGA